UUCAAACAUAAUUUUUAAAUAGCAAAAAUAAAACAUAUUUUUUAUCUAUAACUUUUAAAGGAACUCUUUAAAAAAAAAGGAAAUUCGUUAGAAAAUAAAUCUAAAAAUUAGUUUAAAACUAAGUGCAUAAUGGAUGAUGAAUUGUACCGUCAUAAGUUAAGAAACCAAUUCAUGGGUCACAUAAAAUAUCCAAAAUUACAACAAAAUAGUCGCCAUGAUUGUUUAACAGAAUUACCAGCACAAACAUUCAAAGAACCGACACUGAAAACUCCUCAAAAAACCCAUGAAUUCGAAGCAAACCUUACCGCCAAGCAACGAAAUUUAAAUCCAGCAACGGCCAGUGGCGGUGAUGCUGACCGAAUGUUGUACUAUCCCCAUUAUGUCGCCCAGCUCAAUGGUGACUCCUUUCGGCAACGUAACAUGAAUGAUAACUACUCUCUAAAACAAUUGCCAACUAAUCUCAAACCAUCUGCUCCAGCUUUAAACGCCAAUUCUUCUCGAAAAUAUCAAACAACACCAGUCUUAGAUGACUGCAUUGGCGAUCAUCGUUAUCUUUACGAAAACGAUUCAAAUUUGGGUGGUCUUGGCAAUGGCUCAGAAGAUAGCGCAAAAAGUCAAAAGUCAUCCAAAACGGUAGUAAGUCGCAAAAGUUCCCAUGACUUACGAAAAAUGGUUACCUCACAAUGUAAACUUCACGAUGUAAUUGAUGAGACUCUGAAGCAAAUGUGUAAGACGGAAGCAGAUACCACGGUGGAAAAUAAUGCCUGUGGAUUGCAAGAACAUCAAUCCGCCCAGUAUCCUCUUACACUGAGUCAAUGCAAACGUUGCACUGAUCGCAUACACACAGUGCAAUCACAAAAAGAUGUCAUGACAGAAAUUGGAAAAGAAGACUUCUUGGACUGCCGGAAUACCGACACUUUGACCAUAUCCCUAGAUGAUGUUGUCAAUUCGAAAGUUAUUAAUCCCAUGAUUCGUAAACUACAGCGCAUGUACUUGAAUAAUCUGAAAGAAGAAAUGUCUCUUAUGGAAGAUUUGGAACGGAUGCCAUACAAAGUAAGUGAGGUCUAUAAAGCGGUAAUAUUCAAGAAAAAGGAUUAAUAUCGACUAUAUACUAAAAUCAUUGUGCCGAUUAUAUAUUACACAUUUUUUAGUUUUUCGACGUAUCGCUAUUUAAAAUUUAUGUUAUGGAUUCCAUAAUUUAACAUGAAAUGGUUCAAAUUUUGGAAAUUUAUAUUUUUUAUAGAACAUAAAUAAAAUGAAAGCUAAAAAAACAAUGUUCAUUAUUGCA